AUGAUUUUAUUAGUUGUUCUCUCUUUUCUUACCUAUCAACUAUUGCUGCUUGCCGCCUUUUACUGUAUCUGUCUUCUGUUCUAUUCUAUUAUCAUUGUAUUUUAUUUGCCAAGUGAUCCGUUACAAUCUACAACAAACCUAACACAUCAUACGUCAGUAUUAACACAGAGUAUUCUCCAUAUCGAUCUGACACAGUUUACCCGGCAGUAUGAUAUAAUUAUCUUAACAAUCUUUAAGAUAUUAUCUACAGUACUAACUAAAUCGAAUGACAAUGAAGAAGUAGAAACACCCACUCUGACCAGGGACCUAUCUCUUUCUGAGGUUGAUGUUGUGUUUGGUAUUGAAGAUAAUGAAUACACUGGAAGAAACAAUUUCAACAAUGAAGAAUAUGAAACUGAUGGUGAAAUGAGUGACAAUGAAGGUGCAUACAGUAUUUUAAAGAAUAUGAGUAUCUUAGAAUUUUUUUUUGAGUGUGUUUCCAAAUUAGAUUUUGUCUACCGUUUCAUUAUAGUUGCAAUUACCUUAUUUGUCUCAUUGUAUGUCAUUGAUGAAGGUGUGGUAAUAUUGAUUUUGAUUGUCAACAAGAUAUUAGAAUUGUUUAAUGAUUCAUUCCAUCUUCCAUUGAGUGUUUCUGGACUAAAGCAACUGGCUGGAUUUGGUGGUUUAACAAAAGGAAUUAAGAAGUAUACUGAAUGUGGUAAAUGUCAUACGAUUUAUGAUAAUAAUGAAUCUGUUUCAUUAUGCUGUACAUCGCCUAAGUUUGAUGGUAGCUCUCUGUGUUUCACAACGCUGUUCAAAGCUGGAUCCAAGUCAAGAAUUCCAAAAAAGACAUAUAUUCACACUGCAAAAACAGAUCAAUUUCGCAUAUGUAAAGUAUACCUAAGUUCUGAUAGUCAGAAUAGGUAA